AUGGUCUUAUCAAGUUUUUCAGUAUUUCUUGCCGCUCUAAACUUCUCUCUUUCUCUCGCCACAUUCCUGGGCAAUGUCCUGAUCCUCUUUGCCCUUCGUAAGGUGAAUUCUAUUCGACCUCAAACAAAGCUGUUGUUUCAAUGUUUGGCAGUCACUGAUCUUGCCGUUGGACUUGCUGCCCAGCCUCUUCUGGCAAUAACUUUCAUACUAGGGGCAGUUAAAAGGAACAUAAUUCUCUACAUCUAUCAUGUUUCUAUACCGAUGGGUUUUGUUUUGCAAACAGUUUCUGUCCUGACAACGACCGCAAUAUGUGUAGACAGGCUUCUAGCUCUUCUUUUGGGGCUGCGAUAUCCUCAAAUUGUCACAUUCAGGCGUGUCCGACUAGUUCUAUUUUGUUUUUGGUUGCUGAGUAGUGUAAUCAUUGGAUUGAGAUACAGCACAGGAUACGUUGAAACAGCCCGCUCCAUACUUAUUGCCUUGAUGUUACUGUCCUUACUAGUAUCGUUAGCCUCUUACGCGAAGAUCUAUCGCCGUCUCCGACAUCAACAACAGCAAGUACAGAUCCACGUGCCACAACCACAGCCUCAACCACGAAAUGGAGAAGCAAUUUCACUGAACAUAGCCCGAUACAUGAAGACGGUUUCUAGUAUAGUAUACGUGCAGCUAGCGCUAGGUUUUUGCUAUCUUCCACAUAUGUGUCAGUGGGCAUGCUGCUAACAAACGGAAUAAUACCUCCGACCGCCUGGGGUUCAUUAUUUCAUGGAGCUACGAUAACAAUUCUGUGCUUAAAUUCAACUCUAAACCCGAUUCUUUAUUGCUGGAGGAUAAGAGAGGUAAAACAAGCGGUGAAGAGCACGAUCAGACAAUUAAGUUGGUGUUAAAUAUUGAGGUAACUGCAAUGCAGGACGACUGAAACAUGCUUUUUCGGAUGAAUUGUGUUGAGUUGACUUACUGAAUUAACCCAGAAAAAAUGCAAUUUUCAAUUCUCUUUCUGAAUCAUCCGAGUUGUUCCCAACCUACAAAGCGGUCAAAACAUGAACCAUAGAUUCUACGUAACAAGGGCGUACUCUUUUGAUCAGUUCUUCACAAACAUGAACAGCUAAUUGCUAACAGCACUCGCUUUUCAUCACCGGAUGACUUAAUUAUUAAAAACUGACGACUCCUCACAUUCAGGGAAAAGAGCCAGAAAACAAUGUUAUCUACUGUGUGGUUAUUACGCGUGGUGAAUAUAGUUAUAUGCUAGUUUUGUGACAAACUUUCCACUAAAAUCCUUCUAACUUUCUCUUCAGAAGCAGAACAUCGCUGAUGUUAGAUAAAGAGAGGAUGUAAAUACACACUUCGCGGAAAGAGAAAAAAAAAUAAAGAAAACUUUCGCAAUGAAAUAGUAAAAAAGGUCGACUAUUCUUUUAAUGGAAUUAUCAUAUUCAAGCAAAACUUAAUUUAAGAAAUAGCUUAUCCUCAUUACUGAUGCCGCACAGAAAAUACGUUACCAGUGCAAGUCUUCGUCUGCACAAAAGAAAGAUUUAAUUCAUUUUCGUUCAACUACAUACAACCGAAUCGUCACAUACGUGCUGCUUUAGCAAAAGAAAAUAAAAUAGUAAGAAUAAAAAAAAAUUGACAGAUAAAGUGAAAAAAUGAACAGUAAAACGUUCAAAUCUCUUAGCUAUUUUCAGUGAAGGUUCUGUUUGUUAAACAAAUGCAUAAAGGAGAAAAUUUCUUAUGAAACAAUGGUGAUGCAUCGGCAGGGGUAUCACAAGAUACUCUGGUCUUAUUAACUACCUUAAUGGUGUAAAUUGGCCACCGUGGAGAGUUUCUACAGCCGACGUUGCGAGCGUUUUCUCUUCGUAUUUUGCUCUGACGAAGAGCUGACGCUCGAAACAUCAGCCGUAGAAACUCUUUACUUUAUUUACUGUAUCAACUUAGUGGACAAAAUUUAAUUGUUUGCUAUACAACCUUUUCAUCUAACUUGAGAACUGAAGAUGAGAUUAUGUCAUUUUUCAUGCCAUUCGGGAAAUCAGAAAUCACAUUAAGAAAUUCAUUUUUUCUUUAAAACGUCGUUGAACUUAGUCAAAAUUUUUUAGCGCAUGGCUUAAUUUCACUUUCUCGUCCGGCUUUCAACAAGCAAAAUAUUAUUUCAAUCUUGUUUUCUAGUCACCAUAUUCCAACUAGUAGCGUUGCUCCAUCUCCUGCAUAUAGACACACACACAACCAACAAUUCCUCCAAUCGCUCUGACGAAGGGCUAACGCUCGAAACGUCAGCUUUUAAACUCUUUACGGUGGUCAAUUAACCUUAUCAACUCAAUUGAUAAUACUAAAUUACCUUGUUAUACUCUCCUACCAAUCGCGACGCAACUCCACAGUUUCUUACCCCCUCUAUUAUUUUAAUGGAUGUUAGCACCGUCAGCUUCGUUGUUCAUUGGUAAAUGUUGACAUAUAGACAGACUUUUUGAUCGAUAUUUCAGGUGAGAGUUUAGCAUCUAUAGGUAUUCUUGCUGAGAUGGUUGGUCAAAGUGUGCGAAAUGAUUACAAGUAUAUGACUGAAUGUCGUCUAACAAAACGAUGUUUUCUUCUUAAUGGCACAAAUGUGGUUCGAGUUUAAACUCUAUGAUUUCAAUGUAAGUGUCAGAUUUUUACAAAAUUGUCCACUUUACUUCGACUGGAAUUCUUUUGGAAAGUCAGCCGUUUUAGUGUACGCAUGACUAUAAGUUAUCUUAGUGACAAUUCGUUAUGUACAUGUAUCGCCUAUGGGAGGGAUGUUGGAGGAUUUUUGGGGGAAUACCUUAGUUUCCACGGGGCACAGAGGAGGGAUACGUCAUCUCUAAAAGAGUUCAAAGGGGGGGAGGGGAUAUAGGAAAUUGAAUGCCAAUGAAAGGAGAUCGUUAGAAUACUAGGUAGCCUUUUGAGGGGGGGUUGGGGGGGGUUCAUGCGAAUACUACAGAGCCUUUUGGGGGUCUGGUAUUUUGUUUUGUGACACAACCACGUUCCCCUGAUCCCCUAUGACCAUGAAUAUAGUUUUAAAUGUUUCCCUUAAACCAAGCAAAUUAACACUGACUCAGUGAUAAUUAUAAACUGUGUAAAUGCCUGCUAUUGCAGUACCGACGACUCUGGUUUUGUCCCUCGAAAUGCUUCAAAAAUGAGAGAGAGACUGGAAUUGUAUAUUAGAGAUAGCUCGAUAUGCUUGAAUUAUCACGCGGUAUGUUUGAUGAAUAUUAGUGGCCGAGAGCGGAUACAUUUAACGCAGCAAACACAACAUAUUUCUCAUAAGAUAGGAUAAUUACAACGAGGCAAAGUGCUGUGUAAUCAAAUUGAACAACGCAAAGGUGCUUCAAGAAGGCCAUAGAUAGCGAAACACUUACCUGCAUUCGUUUCGUGAGCUGCUGAAGUUAUAUACUGAAACUCCAUACCACGGAACUCAUAUUUGAGAAGCCAGUUUUAUUUUAUUCAGAGAAGUCCCGUUAUCGGAGUUUGCUCUUAUCAAUACAAGAUUUAAAAAUCUCAUUCGUCGACAGAGGUGGAAGAUUUUGGUGUAAACAAACCAUCUGCCAGUUUUUCAAUCCCAAUGGAUGAUGCAUCCAGGAAUCGUUCUGGGCAGGAUUGUUCGAAAGGGGUUUAAUGUCAAUCUAGGAUUAAAAGUUAACCUUUGCUUUUAUUUCUCGUGUGGAUGAGUGUGUUUAAGAGCUGGGGUUUUGUUGGGUUCUCAAUAUGACUUGAAAUUAAAAGGAAAAAAAAGAAAAAGAAAAAAUUCCUCUGCAAAGCCAUUAAACUGAAUUAAAAGUUUGCACUAACGUUAAUCGUGUUUCGAACAACCCGGCCCAGUUGUUUUGAAGGUUUUUGUCAUAUUGGCAUUAACAGGUAAGUUACCCUUCUUUGAAGUGUUUUGCUACAACGUACUAGAUAUAGCUGUAAGCGUCUUAAAGAACGGCCGAGAAGGUUUAUUUUAAAACUUUGUUUUACAGGAGGAAUGGCUUAAAAUUUUGUUAGUCAUCAAUUAACAAAACACGAAACGUCGGCAAAUAUUUUACCCACAGCUUUAAAAGCUUUCGGGUAUUCCAUGAAUUUUAAUAAAGUUCUAGCCUCGUUUACUGAGUGUAAGUACCACAUUCGAGAAAACAAACGGAAAUUAAAGUUAAAGCUAAGCUUACAGAGAAUAACUAACGAAUAAAAUGGAAGUUGAAGAUAAUUUGCGUAUUAAUAGGAAGGACCAAAAUGAAGAGGGUAGAACUGACUGCUUUCUCUAAGGGAGAUUAUUUCAUAUUAGCUUAUCAUUCGUUUGCGAUUGAAUGGAAAGGAAAAAAACUUGAAAACUCCACUUCUUUUCACUUUUUUAACCAGGUGCUUCAUAACCAUUCUGAUCAGGGUCGUUAAGCACCUUCCCUUUUAAGGGUUUAGAGUGCUAUACAAUUCAUGUCAAAGGACUGGCUAAAAUAAUGCUGGAUGACCACUUGAGCAGUAACUUAUUAAAAAGCCAUCGCGGAAAGAUGAACAGAUGAGCUCAAUGAAAGAAAAUUAAAAUGAAAUACUUGAAACAUGGUUCCAUAGCCUUUUGUGUUCCCAUGAGGACUGUAGACCGUAAUUGAAAGACUGAGUACUUUGAAGAUGAUUUCAUCAGUCAUAGAUAACCCAAAACUAAAUGCGCCUAAGAACAAAACCUUUCUCUAUUACGACAGAUAUUGAACAAAGAUGGCCUUGAGAGGUUAAUCAAAAGCUUUUGGCGGAAGCUUUUCAGUGUUUUCCUUUGUCUCGAUUUCUUUUUACAAUAAAUGGAGUUCCAUGCACUCGCGACCUAGAUUGACAGAGUCAAUUACUUGAUGUGCAGCAUCUAGGCCAAAAAGAAUAUCGUCGCUCAAUCAUGGUAUCAUUAAGUUUUGCAAUAUUUCUUGUCGCUCUAAACUUCUCUCUUUCUCUCACCACAUUCCUGGGCAAUGUCCUGAUCCUCUUUGCCCUUCGUAAGGUGAAUUCUAUUCGACCUCAAACAAAGCUGUUGUUUCAAUGUUUGGCAGUCACUGAUCUUGCCGUUGGACUUGCUGUCCAGCCUCUUCUGGCAAUAGCUUUCAUACCAGGGAUAGUUAAAAGGAAUAUAAUUCUCUACCUCUAUCAAGUUUCUGUAUCGAUGGGUUUUUUUUCGCUAACAGUUUCUGUCCUGACAACGACCGCAAUAUGUGUGGAUAGGCUUCUCGCUCUUCUUUUAGGGCUGCGAUAUCAUCAAAUUGUCACAUUCAGGCGUGCCCAACUAGUUCUAUUUUGUUUUUGGUUGCUGAGUAGUGUAGUCAUUGGAUUGAGAUACAGCACAGGAUACGUUGAAACAGCCCGCUCCAUACUUAUUGCCUUGAUGUUACUGUCCUUACUAGUAUCGUUAGCCUCUUACGCGAAGAUCUAUCGCCGUCUCCGACAUCAACAACAGCGAGUUCAAAUCCACGUGCCACAACCACAACCUCAACCACGAAAUGGCGAAGCAAUUUUACUGAACAUAGCCCGGUACAAGAAGACGGUUUCUAGUAUAGUAUGCGUGCAGCUAGCGCAAGGUUUUUGCUAUCUUCCAUAUAUGUUAGUGGGCAUGCUACUAACAAACGGAAUAAUACCUCCGACCGCCAGGGGUUCAUUAUUUCUUGGAGCUACGAUAACAAUUCUGUGCUUAAAUUCAACUCUAAACCCGAUUCUUUAUUGCUGGAGGAUAAGAGAGGUAAAACAAGCGGUGAAGAGCACGAUCAGACAAUUAAGCUUGUGUUAAAUAUUGAGAUAACUGCAAUGCAGGACUUUUGAAACAUGCUUUUUCGGAUGAAUUGUGUUGAGUUGACUUACUGAAUUAACUCAGAAAAAAAUGGAACUUUUUUCUGAGUAUGAUUCCUAAAAUUCUCUUUCUGAAUCAUCCGUGUUGUUCCCAACUUACAAAGCGGUCAAAACAUGAACCAUAGAUUCUACGUAACAAGGGCGUACUCUUCUGAUCUAUUCUUCACAAACAUGAACAGCUAAUUGCUAACAGCACUCGCUUUUCAUCACCGGAUGACUUAAUUAUUAAAAACUGACGACUCCUCACAUUCAGGGAAACGAGCCAGAAAACAAUGUUAUCUACUGUGUGGUUAUUGCGCGUGGUGAAUAUAGUUAUAUGCUAGUUUUGUGACAAACUUUCCACUAAAAUCCUUCUAACUUUCUCUUCAGAAGCAGAACAUCGCUGAUGUUAGAUAAAGAGAGGAUGUAAAUACACACUUCGCGGAAAGAGAAAAAAAAUAAAGAAAACUUUCGCAAUGAAAUAGUAAAAAAGGUCGACUAUUCUUUUAAUGGAAUUAUCAUAUUCAAGCAAAACUUAAUUUAAGAAAUAGCUCAUCCUCAUUACUGAUGCCGCACAGAAAAUACGUUACCAGUGCAAGUCUUCGUCUGCACAAAAGAAAGAUAAAAUUAAUUUUCGUUCAACUACAUACAACCGAAUCGUCACAUACGUGCUGCUUUAGCAAAAGAAAACAAAAUAGUAAGAAUAAAAAAAUUGACAGAUAAAGUGAAAAAAUGAACAGUAAAACGUUCAAAUCUCUUAGCUAUUUUCAGUGAAGGUUCUGUUUGUUAAACAAAUGCAUAAAGGAGAAAGAUUUCUUAUGAAACAGUGGUGAUGCAUCGGCAAGGGUAUCACAAGAUACUCUGGUCUUAUUAACUACCUUAAUGGUGUAAAUUGGCCACCGUGGAGGGUUUCUACAGCUGACGUUGCGAGCGUUUUCUCUUCGUAUUUUGCUCUGACGAAGAGCUGACGCUCGAAAUAUCGGCUGUAGAAACUCUUUACUUUAUUUACUUUAUCAACUUAGUGGACAAAAUUAAAUUGUUUGCUAUACAGAUAACUUUUUCAUCUAACUUGAGAACUGAAGAUGAGAUUAUGUCAUUUUUCAUGCCAUUCGGGAAAUCAGAAAUCACAUUAAGAAAUUCAUUUUUUCUUUAAAACGUCAUUGAACUUAGUCAAAUUUUUUUAGCGCAUGGCUUAAUUUCACUUUCUCGUCCGGCUUUCAACAAGCAAAAUAUUAUUUCAAUCUUGUUUUCUAGUCACCAUAUUCCAACUAGUAGCGUUGCUCCAUCUCCUGCAUAUAGACACACACACAACCAACAAUUCCUCCAAUCGCUCUGACGAAGGGCUAACGCUCGAAACGUCAGCUUUUAAACUCUUUACGGUGGCCAAUUAACCUUAUCAACUCAAUUGAUAAUACUAAAUUACCUUGUUAUACUCUCCUACCAAUCGCGACGCAACUCCACAGUUUCUUACCCCCUCUAUUAUUUUAAUGGAUGUUAGCACCGUCAGCUUAGUUGUUCAUUGGUAAAUGUUGACAUAUAGACAGACUUUUUGAUCGAUAUUUCAGGUGAGAGUUAAGCAUCUAUAGGUAUUUUUGCUGAGAUGGUUGGUCAAAGUGUGCGAAAUGAUUACAAGUAUAUAACUGAAUGUCAUCUAACAAAACGAUGUUUUCUUCUUAAUGGCACAAAUGUGGUUCGAGUUUAAACUCUAUGAUUUCAAUGUAAGUGUCAGAUUUUUACAAAAUUGUCCACUUUACUUCGACUGGAAUUCUUUUGGAAAGUCAGCCGUUUUAGUGUACGCAUGACUAUAAGUUAUCUUAGUGACAAUUCAUUAUGUACAUGUAUCGCCUAUGGGAGGGAUGUUGGAGGAUUUUUGGGAGAAUACCUUAGUUUCCACGGGGGACAAAAGAGGGAUACGUCAUCUCUAAAAGACUUCAAAGGGAGGGAGGGGAUAUAGGGAGUUGAAUGUCAAUGAGAGGAGAUCGUUAGAAUACUAGAGAGCCUUUUUGGGGGGGCUCAUGCGAAUACUACAGAGCCUUUUAAGGGGUCUGGUAUUUUGUUUUGUGACACAACCACGUUCCCCUGAUCUCCUAUGACCAUGAAUAUAGUUUUAAAUGUUUCCCUUAAACCAAGCAAAUUAACACUGACUGGGUGAUAAUUAUAAACUGUGUAAAUGCCAGCUAUUGCAGCACCGACGACUCUGGUUUUGUCCGUCGAAAUGCUUCAAAACUGAGAGAGAGACUGGAAUUGUAUAUUAGAGAUAGCUCGAUAUGCUUGAAUUAUCACGCGGUAUGUUUGAUGAAUAUUAGUGACCGAGAGCGGAUACAUUUAACGCAGCAAACACAACAUAUUUCUCAUAAGAUAGGAUAAUUACAACGAGGCAAAGUGCUAUGUAAUCAAAUUGAACAACGCAAAGAUGCUUCAAGAAGGCCAUAGAUAGCGAAACACUUACCUGCAUUCGUUUCGUGAGCUGCUGAAGUUAUAUACUGAAACUCCAUACCACGGAACUCAUAUUUGAGAAGCCAGUUUUAUUUUAUUCAGAGAAGUCCCGUUAUCGGAGUUUGCUCUCAUCAAUACAAGUUUUAAAAAUCUCAUUCGUCGACAGAGGUGGAAGAUUUUGGUGUAAACAAACCAUCUGCCAGUUUUUCAAUCCCAAUGGAUGAUGCUUCCAGGAAUCGUUCUGGGCAGGAUUGUUCGAAAGGGGUUUAACGUCAAUCUAGGAUGAAAAGUUAACCUUUGCUUUUAUUUCGCGUGUAGAUGAGCGUGUUUCAGAGCUGGGGUUUUGUUGGGUUCUCUCUCAAUAUGACUUGAAAUUAAAAGGAAAAAAAAGAAAAAGAAAAAAUUCCUCUGCAAAGCCAUUAAACUGAAUUAAAAGUUUGCACUAACGUUAAUCGUGUUUCGAACAACCCGGCCCAGUUGUUUUGAAGGUUUUUGUCAUAUUGGCAUUAACAGGUAAGUUACCCUUCUUUGAAGUGUUUUGCUACAACGUACUAGAUAUAGCUGUAAGCGUCUUAAAGAACGGCCGAGAAGGUUUAUUUUAAAACUUUGUUUUACAGGAGGAAUGGCUUAAAAUUUUGUUAGUCAUCAAUUAACAAAACACGAAACGUCGGCAAAUAUUUUACCCACAGCUUUAAAAGCUUUCGGGUAUUCCAUGAAUUUUAAUAAAGUUCUAGCCUCGUUUACUGAGUGUAAGUACCACAUUCGAGAAAACAAACGGAAAUUAAAGUUAAAGCUAAGCUUACAGAGAAUAACUAACGAAUAAAAUGGAAGUUGAAGAUAAUUUGCGUAUUAAUAGGAAGGACCAAAAUGAAGAGGGUAGAACUGACUGCUUUCUCUAAGGGAGAUUAUUUCAUAUUAGCUAAUCAUUCGUUUGCGAUUGAAUGGAAAGGAAAAAAACUUGAAAACUCCACUUCUUUUUACUUUUUUAACCAGGUGCUUCAUAGCCAUUCUGAUCAGGGUCGUUAAGCACCUUCCCUUUUAAGGGUUAAGAGUGCUAUACAAUUCAUUUCAAAGGACUGGCUAAAAUAAUGCUGGAUGACCACUUGAGCAGUAACUUAUUAAAAAGCCAUCGCGGAAAGAUGAACAGAUGAGCUCAAUGAAAGAAAAUUAAAAUGAAAUACUUGAAACAUGGUUCCAUAGCCUUUUGUGUUCCCAUGAGGACUGUAAACCGUAAUUGAAAGACUGAGUACUUUGAAGAUGAUUUCAUCAGUCAUAGAUAACCCAAAACUAAAUGCGCCUAAGAACAAAACCUUUCUCUAUUACGACAGAUAUUGAACAAAGAUGGCCUUGAGAGGUUAAUCAAAAGCUUUUGGCGGAAGCUUUUCAGUGUUUUCCUUUGUCUCGAUUUCUUUUUUUUAAUAAAUGGAGUUCCAUGCACUCGCGACCUAGAUUGACAGAGUCAAUUACUUGAUGUGCAGCAUCUAGGCCAAAAAGAAUAUCGUCGCUCAAUCAUGGUAUCAUUAAGUUUUGCAAUAUUUCUUGUCGCUCUAAACUUCUCUCUUUCUCUCACCACAUUCCUGGGCAAUGUCCUGAUCCUCUUUGCCCUUCGUAAGGUGAAUUCUAUUCGACCUCAAACAAAGCUGUUGUUUCAAUGUUUGGCAGUCACUGAUCUUGCCGUUGGACUUGCUGUCCAGCCUCUUCUGGCAAUAGCUUUCAUACCAGGGAUAGUUAAAAGGAAUAUAAUUCUCUACCUCUAUCAAGUUUCUGUAUCGAUGGGUUUUUUUUCGCUAACAGUUUCUGUCCUGACAACGACCGCAAUAUGUGUGGACAGGCUUCUCGCUCUUCUUUUAGGGCUGCGAUAUCAUCAAAUUGUCACAUUCAGGCGUGUCCGACUAGUUCUAUUUUGUUUUUGGUUGCUGAGUAGUGUAGUCAUUGGAUUGAGAUACAGCACAGGAUACGUUGAAACAGCCCGCUCCAUACUUAUUGCCUUGAUGUUACUGUCCUUACUAGUAUCGUUAGCCUCUUACGCGAAGAUCUAUCGCCGUCUCCGACAUCAACAACAGCGAGUUCAAAUCCACGUGCCACAACCACAACCUCAACCACGAAAUGGCGAAGCAAUUUCACUGAACAUAGCCCGGUACAAGAAGACGGUUUCUAGUAUAGUAUGCGUGCAGCUAGCGCAAGGUUUUUGCUAUCUUCCAUAUAUGUUAGUGGGCAUGCUACUAACAAACGGAAUAAUACCUCCGACCGCCAGGGGUUCAUUAUUUCUUGGAGCUACGAUAACAAUUCUGUGCUUAAAUUCAACUCUAAACCCGAUUCUUUAUUGCUGGAGGAUAAGAGAGGUAAAACAAGCGGUGAAGAGCACGAUCAGACAAUUAAGCUUGUGUUAA